UCCUGCUUCGCCAGGAGGAAAUUCCGCUCUGGAGGACACUGGCACUCGGAGGACAGAGGCGUCGGGCUGCACUCGGAUGCUCCGCGCUCGGAUGGAGAUCCCGUGGGAACUUUGAAACUUGUUUUUUUUUUAUCUCUCACUUUCACUUGCAUGCUUGUUUUAAAGGAUAAAAAAUAUGUGGACGCGAGCUAACGCACUUCCCACUCCUCAUUGUUUGUUGAUCUCUUGAGGCCUGGCACCGAUGAGUCGAGCUUUGUGAGAGGGCGUCCUUCAGCCCGGUGUGCUGGAUGUCUGUGACAGAUCCAUGGGUCAGCAGGACCAUGUGGACGCAGGAGCAGGCCACAUCCUCGACCCGGGGCUGGAUUUGGAGUAUCUCCACGUAGCCGGGGCUGACCGGCAGGCUGGCGGUGCUGACGGUGCCCCUGCUAUGGAGGAGCAGGGGGAGAGCCCCGGUCACAGCAGCACCGCCGAUUCCCCUCUGCCGCCUGUGGUGGAGGAAAACGCCGGAUUCGACGGCGAUUGCGAGCUGGCGCCAUCUUCCGGCUCCACCCUCGCGGCCAGCCCUGGCACGGAAGGAGAAGAGGGAGGGUCGCCUCACAAUAAGAACAGCCACCAGCCGCUUUGUCGUACCCAGUGUGUGGACCUUGGCACAGAGGGGCCUCCUGAACCCCCGUCUGAACUCUCAUCAGAGCGUGAACAUGACUCUCCUGCCCAGUCCCCGGCCAACUCCCCAUGUAACAGCCCCCCCGAGCCUCUCCCCAGUCCCUCAAAAUCAGCCCCAGCGUCCGGGGCUGGUGGGAAGGAGUAUCAGGCGAAGCUGGAUUUCGCCUUGAAGCUGGGCUACUCUGAGGAGACGGUGCGACUGGUGCUGUCCAAGCUGGGCCCCGACACCCUCAUCAACGACAUACUGGGAGAGCUGGUCAAACUGGGCACCAAGUCAGACGGCGAGCAGCCGGCGGGGUCGUUGGCCUCCACCUCAUCCUCGUCAUCCUCCUCGUCGUCUUGCGGUUGCUCAGAUUUGCUGGACGGCCAGAGAUCGGACUCGCCCUGCCUCUCGGAGUCUCUGUGUGACCAGGACAACCUGCGUCCGGUCGUGGUCGACGGAAGUAAUGUCGCUAUGAGUCAUGGCAACAAGGAAGUGUUUUCGUGCCAGGGCAUCCAGCUGGCUGUCGAUUGGUUCCUAGAGCGGGGCCAUCAUGACAUCACAGUGUUUGUGCCUGCAUGGAGGAAAGAGCAGUCCCGCCCCGAUGCCCCUAUAACAGAUCAGGAGAUCCUGCGUCGCCUUGAGAAAGAAAAGAUCCUGGUCUUCACUCCCUCGCGGCGCGUCCAGGGACGGCGCGUCGUCUGCUAUGACGACCGUUUCAUUGUCAAGCUGGCCUAUGAGUCAGACGGCAUCAUCGUCUCAAACGACAACUACCGUGACCUGGCCAACGAGAGGCCCGAGUGGAAGAAGUUCAUCGACGAGCGGCUGCUCAUGUACUCCUUUGUCAAUGACAAAUUCAUGCCACCGGACGACCCACUUGGUCGUCAUGGGCCCAGCUUGGACAACUUCCUGAGGAAAAGACCCGUCAUGCCGGAGCAGAAGAAACAGCCUUGCCCAUAUGGAAAAAAGUGCACUUAUGGCCACAAGUGUAAGUACUAUCACCCAGAAAGAGGAGCUCAGCCUCAGCGUGCCGUGGCCGACGAGCUGCGAGCCAGCGCCAAGACCUGCGUCACCACAAAGAACCAGGGAGACGCUGGGCUGGUGAAGAGCCACAGUGUGCCAGCCGGCAGCAUUGAGGCAAAGAAAGGCGCCGCGAAAAGGCAGUCGGACCCCAGCAUCCGAGCGCUGUCAUACAGCGAUGCUGAGGAGAAGCUGCUGGCGAAAGGGAGGCUGGAAAGCCAGAAGAGCGGUCUGUGCGCCGGUGGUAGCAGCGGAAGCAGUGGCGGCAGUAGUUGCAGUGCCAGUAUCACCAUGUCCCCGGCCCCAGGAGGCCCCCCAUCCAGCUUCCCCCAGGACCAGCAGUCCAGAGCAGCCACUCCUCACAGUCUCCUACCAGCUCCCGGCCAUGACCUUUACCCUCACUGUGAGUCCCCGGACCUGAGCUACUACUCUGUAACGCGUGCCUACUCUGGCCUGAGCCUGUCGUCCAGACGGAGCCCAGACUGUCGCUUCCCCAACGACACAGACCUGCGGCUGGGCUCAUUGGGUUCAGCGGGUUCCGAAUGCGGCAGCGAGAGCAGCGCGAGUUGCGGCAGCAGCUGUGACUCGUACAGCGAGAGGCCGUGUCCCGGAUGCCCCCCAGACACCCUGCUGGAAGACAACAUCCAUUACGCUAAUCCCCACAGCCGGCUGUAUCCCCAUCAUGCUCCAUCAAACCAUGAACUGUGUGGUCUUCACCCGGCCGAUUACACAAACAUCCAACACAGCCACACGUCGAAUACCGGCGUUCGCGGUUACCACCUGGGUUUGACACGCGGGCAGAGCUGCGCUCAUGAUCCGCCUCCAUCAGAGGCUGCCCCGAAGCGCCCUCUCUACCCCUUACCCCCUCACCUCCAGCACCAGCCGCUGGCUGCACGUUCCAGCUGCCCUGGUGACUACCACUCUCUGCCGCAGCCCAACCCUCUCCCCCCUGGCUCUCCUCUUGGCCGCUGCCUGGCCCCCACUCGAGCAGAGAGUGUGUCGGACUCACACCUGUACGAGCACCUCUCCACAUCGCACCAUCACCACCGACCGAAAGCUUUGCCCAGCUGGGACACGUACUACAGACAGCCGACGUUGCCGCCGUCCAGGUAUGAGCCGUCUGCCUAUCAGAGUCUGCCGGACACACGCCAGUCAUCCUGGCACACCCCACCCUGGGCACAGGACGGCUACGCCCAGCACCACUCCUCUCACCCAGCUCUCCACCCGUCCCCAACACAUUACCUAAACCACCCGCUACCUCCUGCCCACUCUCCUCAUCCACGUCACAGCGCUCACCUGACUGUGCCCUCCCACGCGCCUCCCUCCUACAUGUCGCAGCACUCAGAAUCCCCCGCGCAUGGCUGCUAUGUGGACGUGAGGGAGAAAGUGUACAUCAACCUGUGUAACAUCUUCCCCUCGGAGCUGGUGGGCCGGGUGAUGUCCAGAAGCCCCCACGUCACAGACCCCCAGCAGCUGGCAGCUGCCAUCCUGGCCGAGAAGGCCCAGACAGGCUACUGAAGAAUUAUCUUCCAUUGGAAAACAAUAGUCCAAACAGGAAAACGCAAUUUAAGCGGUAAGCAUGAGCAGACAGACAGGAAGCAUGCUGGAAUACUGGAAUGCUUUCGGAUUGUCCGCAAGAAGAGCAUUUUCUUUUCUUAUGAAAUUAACGAGACACAAUUUUGAAGGAUAUAAAAAAUGCCGAAGAUAAUCCAGGUCCAGCUGUAGUCACUGUGCAGCGACGACUACAUUAACUCAACCGUAAGAAGUGUGGAGAGAGGGAGUCGAAAUCUAUGACUUUGACACAAAGUGCAACUUGAAGAUUGUUCUACACAUGGCGGAUUGUAGUUUGUUUGUUUUAUUUAUUAGGGAGCUUCGUAUGUUUUCUUUCACAUGCACGACUUGUUAUUGCAUCAAAACAUUAAGGCACUUUUUUUUAUUUUACAGCCCAAUCAUAACCUAAUGACUUUCACAUGCAACAAAUGUUGUGAAGGAUUAUUUAAUCAUUUUCACCACCUUCUCAACCGGAUUCAGAUUUCUAGGGAAUAUGCAGACAACAUAUGAUGUGCACUCUACUGACUGUCAGACCUGAGUCAAAGCAGUGUUUGAAAAUGUUUUUUUCUUGCAUGUGUGUAGCGCCAGAUGGAUUGAUUUUCUACUUCUUCAUAACUACAAAGAUCACUUGUGUUUUCUUAAUUUGUCAGGUUUCCAAUUCCCAUCUGGUUGUUAACACAUGACUGUUUCAAACUACAAUUUGACCAGGAUCUGUGUGUGUUGUAUUCAUCUUUUUCCAUGUGUUGUGCAGCCGUUGUUGUACUGGGUUUUCCAUGUUGGUUAAAAAAUAGAAAGAUGUUUUGUCUUAUUUGACAUGACAUCAGUAUUUUGGUCAGAGUUGUAGCUGUAGAGAUGGGUGACCCUGUCGUGUGUACCUUAGUUUUAGUAAGGGACAUCUCUCUUUCUCUUCACUCUAUCUCUCUCUAUCUCUCUCUAUCUCUCUCUCUCUGGCCCUUUAUAUCGGGUCAGCUCUGGUUUCUGCCACAGACAGAGAUCAUCUCGACACCAGUAAAACGAAAACGUGUACUUAUUGUAAAUAUAUUUAACAGAUGCGCCUGCUGCGCUGUUGGUGGAACAGCUGUCGUCUGUAGCAGAUCCCAGCUGAAUCCACGCUAGACAGAGAAAAACCUUGUUUGAUACAAAUUGUAUCAUUAACUACGUCGCUGAUGUUAUAUACAGUACAUGGACUAGUUGAUCUGUAUUUAUCAAACACUCUUGAUGUAUUGCUAUAUGAUGAAGUGCAUUGCCAGCAGAUGUCCCAUCUUUGAGACAAUUACUUCAAAUAUGUUAUGAGACAAAGGGAGUUGUCUGCCUACUAUGUUUAGGUAUUUCAACUUCUUUUUCUGGGUUUUUUGGGUUUGAAGCUGGCUUAUUUUAUUUUCACAGGAGCUCCAGUUCGAUUACUUGUGACAGGAAGGUUUUGAUUUACUGGUUGACAGACAAAACUGCCCAUCUGAGAAUGAAACUGUUUUUUUUGCAGUGUUUGAAUUUGGGGUCAGUUCAUCUUUUAAGUUUCUUUUAGCAACUUUUUUUAAGUCACAAAAUGGAUAUUAAAAAAACCGUUAUUAAACUUAAUGCUUGAAAUGAUAGAGAACCAAUUUAUUAUCAUUACCAAAUUAUUUCUAUAAAUCUUAUAUUGAGGGGACAGACCCCAACCAUGUGUAAUAAGUUACAAUUUAUAUUUGGGUCAGUCCCAUAUCCCAUGGUGGCCAUUUUGAAUGACCUGGAGUAAAUAUCAGUCUGAAUUUGUGUGAUGAUUUCAAUUAAUCAUUAAUCAAUCAGUCAUUAAUGUUUGUCAUGUUCCGAAAAGGUAAACAGCAUGACAUAGAUUUGUUAUAAUUGACCCACCAAAAGCCUAAAAUGGCCGCCAGGGAAUUAAAGUCUCCACAGGGAGCUCGUCAUACAAGUCCAUCACAAGCCAGCUACAUGUAGCCCCCUGGUUUCUUUCCUGUCCGACGUGUCACAUUGUACGAAUAAUGAAUAACCGUACAAUAACACGUGCUGUUGAUAUGAGAGAACCUCUGUGUGUAUUGAAGAAGCGCCUUCUCUCUGGCCUCCUGGCACUGUGUGUCAGCCUGGCACCCGAGCGUGGGCCCAAAGUAAUGCCUCUUCAUGGCAUUGUGCUUAUGACACAUCCGAUACUCUGAACUAUGUUCAGCAAACUGUUAUGCAUGUUUUGAUUUGUUUUUGAUUUCUGCAUGUAUCCUUGUGUGUUUCUGUCCCGGACAUUUAUGGGCAAUCAAAGUGAGAGUUUGUGUGAUGUUUUUAUUUCAUAGUUGGUGUUCAGUAAAGCACAUUCCUUAACAAACAAUUUAAGUAGGGUGGGAAUAAAUAACUUGUUUUCUGUAGGAUCAGGAAGUGUGCUUUUGAAGUGUGCCCACUUUCCAACAUUGUUUGCUUAGAAAAGUGCACGCGGCCAUAGAUGGUGAUAAUGUAAACCAGUGCGGUGAAUUGGCUGGUGUCUUCAGAUAUUACAAUGCUAUACAGGCCAUUACACUGUAGUAGAAUGAAAGUCCUCUGUUUCACAUUAUUGUAACCCCACUGUACCUGUGAUCAUUCAUUAAAGAGUAGUACUGCAA